AUGCUAUACUCCGACCCUUGCCGUAGGUUCAUCCGCGGUACCACCAUCGGGGACACGUCGAUGAGGUUCUGGUUUUUUUCGAGAUCCCAUGUGUUUGUCACUCAGGCUUUCGAUUUCAUCUCCAACCCACGACCCCUCAUUCACUACAUCAUAUCUCUCAUCUUCUCCUCUUUGGAGGAUCUUGGUUUUGAUCCGACGGUUCAGCGCGUUGCAGUACCGGUGCAAGAAUCUUCUGGGAAUAAUACCCAAUAUAAGAUUCAAUACGAUUACCACGUCGGCCGCCAAGUAUAUCGAACCGUCGAGUGCCUGAGCUCCUUCCGCGCGGCUGGUCUGAUCAGUCGCGGCAGUCGCGUGUGGAAGGUUUAUCGCGUUGGCGACCCAGAGGAUAAGUAUUACGCUCUGAAGGAUGUCUGGAUUCCUGAUGACGCCACGACUGAAGGUGACAUACAGCGGUCUCUUUUUGAAAAUAUCCAAAACUCAGGGACAGACGGGGAGGACUUCAAACAACAUUUUGUGGAGAUCGAGAACUGUGAACUGGUAACCUGUGAUGGGAAAAUCGAUAAAACGGGGUCUUUCAUGAGGAGGCGACUUCCCGACCAGUUCCACACUUUCCUAAUUGGCGCCCUCGCGUCAUCUGAUUUUUCUGACAAAGGAACGUCAUCACAAGUAACUGGCUCAACAAUUGCGACACCAAAGGACGCACCUGACGGGGGACCUGCGGAGGUAGGGAUGGAUCCAAGAUGUCGAUAUAGCGACAAGAAACACUGCCGGAUCAUCUACAAGGACGUAGGCACGCCGUUGGACUCACUGGCGCAUCCUGGUGACGUGUUACAUGCACUUGCAAGUGCUACAAAAGGACUGGAAUGGAUGUACAAGGGCGGUUAUGUACACCGAGACCUCAGUGGCGGGAAUCUAAUUUGGAUGGAGGGCUCGAAAAUCACCAAAAUAACAGAUAUGGAAUAUUCAAAGAAAUUUCUGUCUGAUCGAGGUGUUGGAGACCGGAAAACGGCGAAUCGUAUAUUUGGCAAGCCUAAGGCUGAAGGCAUGGCGAACCUUGCUGAAGGAACUGAUGAUUCACCGUUGCUCGACGACCAGAUCCUUUUUACCUGCAUCCCCCACAACUUCCUUCAUGACCUGGAGUCCUUAUGGUGGAUUGGGGAACACGCACUGUUAUCUUCUGUCCCAGCCUCUGGGAAGGUUACCCGUCAACAAUACCAAAUUUCGAGCUACAAGAGCCUCUUCCCACACUCCUCAGCAGGGUCUAACAGUCGUACUAUGUUCCUGUUGAACAAAGAAGCGCAUGAUCGACACAUCGGUAAUCUUCCGACGGAGUACACUCAUGCAGCAGAGGCCUUGUCGAAAGCCAGGCGUUUUCUAAAGAAUCAGUACCUGCGCUUGGAAGCAAACCUGGACUUUCCCCAUGUCGAGCACUCGGAAUUCGCACCGAUAUAUGGCCUCCGCUCCUUCUUCAAAUCUGCCAAGAAACGCAUGUACAUUUAUGAAACGACACCUUUGGCAUGGCACCGCCCCUUCCGAUCUGAUUCUACUCAAGAGCUUGCGGGUGAUAUCUCGAAAGUUGCAGAGGUGACUGGCAGCGUCCUUGAUCAAGAGAUAGAGAACGAAGAGGUUUCGACUGCCCCGAUCAACCAGGUUCCAUCACUGCCAGACUUGCACGAGGACGAAGAGGAUCUCGAUGACAUAUACGAAGAUAACAAAGCUCGGCGUCUCUCUCUAUCUCAGACUAGCUCCUCAGAGAGACCAGACGUGGAAAUGAAAACUCGCAACGUGCCGAACGAACAUGGAAAACGGUCUCGUAGGUGA